GUAAACACUGUCCUCCAUAUGUAGCUGUCACUGGCACUGUUGAGGAGGCGCUGAGUUUACUGAGUUUUAAACGCGUGAAUUUCACCAUUUGGUAAAACAUGUCGGUGAAACACGCCCUCGGUCGGGGUCUGGAGCUGGGCAGGUCUAUUUUCCAGCUCGGUAUCCUAAAACCGGCCGGCCGGGUAGCAGCGAAGUUCCGCGGAGAGCGGCUGCGGUUAGGCCCCGCGGCCCGGACCGCUCAGCCUCAGCCUCAGCCUCUCCUGCCCGCUCGGUACCGAUAUUUCCGCAUGUCGCUCCGCGGCCUCGCUGCGCAGCUCCAGGCGGCCGGGUUUAGGAGGCUGGCCGGGGGCGGAUCCCCCAGGAACAGGGCCGUUUUCCUGGCUUUCGGUGUGGGUUUGGGUCUGAUCGAGCAGCAGCUGGAGGAUGACCGGAGGAGUGCAGCAACAUGCCAGGAAAUUCAGGCAUUAUUCAGGAAGAAGAAGUUCCAGAGCCCACUAAAGCCAUUCACCUCAGGGUAUAAGCUGGAGAACUAUGUGAUUGGCAAGCAGAUAGGAAAAGGCUGCAAUGCUGCUGUAUAUGAGGCUGCUGCUCCUUUUGCACCACUCAGAGAGAGCACCACAUGUUCGCUGGUGGAGCUGAAACUGAAUGGAGAAGAAACCAGCGUCUCAGAGUCCCUAAGAUUCCCCAGUACAGCCAGCUACCCACUGGCAGUGAAAAUGAUGUGGAACAUUGGGGCGGGAUCCUCUAGUGAGGCUAUCCUUAAUUCCAUGUCCCAAGAGCUGGUCCCUGCGAGCCCUCAGGCUCUAAAGAAGGAGAAGGGAGAGCUUGUCCUGAGUGGUCAUUUCGGGAGUGUGCCAAAGAGAGUGACCGCUCAUCCCAACGUCAUCAGAGUGUACCGGGCUUUCACAGCUGAGGUUCCACUGCUGCCCGGUGCUGAAGAAGAGUAUCCAGCUGCACUGCCCAGCAGGCUCAACCCUGCUGGCAUGGGCAACAACCGCACCCUCUUUCUAGUCAUGAAGAAUUACCCAUGUACGCUGCGUCAGUACCUGGAGGUGUGUGUGCCGGGCCGCAGGCAGGGCUCCAUGAUGCUGCUGCAGCUGCUGGAGGGCGUGGACCACCUGUGCAGGCAGGGCAUCGCACACAGAGACCUCAAAUCAGACAAUGUGCUGCUGGAGUUUGACUCAGUUGGCUGCCCCAGGCUGGUCAUCACUGACUUUGGCUGCUGCCUGGCAGAGGAGGCCUUGGGCCUGAAACUGCCCUUCACCAGCCGCUGGGUGAACAGAGGGGGGAACGCCUGCCUAAUGGCACCUGAGGUGGCUACAGCUGUACCAGGUCCUGGUGUGGAGAUUGACUACAGUAAGGCAGAUGCAUGGGCAGUGGGGGCCAUCGCGUAUGAAAUCUUCGGUCAACCCAACCCGUUUUACAGCCCUGAAGGCCUGGAGAGUCGCAGUUAUCAGGAGAAGCAGCUGCCAAGGUUGCUAGCCAGUACACCUGAGCAUGUGCAGCUGGUGGUAAAGCUGCUUCUGCGCAGGAAUCCGAACAAGCGUCCUAGUGCCCGCGUGGCUGCUAACGUCCUGCACCUCAGCCUGUGGGGCAAGCGAGCUCUGACCAGCCUGAACCCAGCCAGCAUGGGGAAGAUGGCAGACUGGCUGCUGUGCCAAUCAGCUGUGGUGCUCCUGAAGGGCUGCGGGCCCAGAGGCAGUUCUGUGGAGGCCGAGCUCCAGAGAGGAUUCCUCUCCAACCUGGACCUGGAGGAGCUCCGCAUGGCUGUAGGCUACCUGAUGUUCGGCUCCAGCACCCCACCGCGAUCCCAGAAGGAUAAGCAGUUGAGAUGAUGUAUGUAUGUAUGUAUGUUUUAAGGUUCUGGCCUUUAGAGGUAAAUGAAAUGUUUGCCCACAAAUAAGAUUUAAAGCACAGAAAUUUGCUGCUUUCUGAUCUACCAUAAGCUGUGGAAGCUCUACAAUCUGUUGAUGUAAUAGCACUUUAUGUACUUGCACCUUUUUGCCACUCUCCUCCUUUGUGACCUAGUCAUGAAAUAUAAAGUAACACAAAACAGUCUGGUAAUAUGCUGCUUCUGACUUAGCUAAGUUCUCUGUAUAUAGCAGUUCUUGUUUUACGGGUUUUCAAUAGGUUGUGCUAAGUCUAGUUAAUUGCCAGAACACGCAAAAUCAAAAUGCCCUCAAUUCUGUUUUUGUUCAUUACAUGUUUAUCACACAAAGCAAUAAACUCCCUGUGUCAUUUUA